AUGGAAUUUGAUCCCAGUUUUGCUGAAAAUUUUCCUAAAAAUCCUUGCGUAAAACCAGAGAUCCCCACAAUGGUUUCCAUGAAACCAAGUUUAACUAUUUCUCCUUCACCAUCACAUUCCACCACCUUUUUAUACAAAAAUAAUUGCAAUCAAUUUAAGGAACAUCGUCUGAAUGGAGCAAACCAUCACUCUAGUUUUGCUAAGAUGGUUCCUUCCUACAUCAACCCAUUUUCUAUGAUUCCAACUCCUUCGUUCAAUGCCGUAGACGACAUUGGAUCCCGAAGAGAAAUUUUCAAUGGUCAAAAUCCAAUGACUUUUGCACCAAACAAUAACAAAAUGGAAGUCAUGCAUGGUCGCCUUAACACUGGCAAAGGAAUUUUGGAUUCGUCCAAAAACAUUCUCUUUCAAUAUGGUGUAACUUCAGAAUCUCGAUUUAAGUCUAAGCUUCAAGGCGAUUUCUCUGGAAUUGGUGGAACUGGAAACAACUCCCGAGAUGGUGAUCGAGAAUUUGUUCUUAGUGAGCAGAAGCGACAAAAGAGGAAUCAAAAUAAUAGUGAAAUUCAACCCAGAUCAGAUCUCAAUAUAAUCAAAGGCCAAUGGACUGCGAACGAGGAUAGGAAUCUUGUCCAAUUGGUGGAUCACUUUGGGCUUAGAAGAUGGUCCAAAAUUGCUAAGCAUCUGAAAGGAAGGAUUGGGAAACAGUGCAGGGAGAGAUGGAAUAACCAUCUUCGACCGGACAUUAAGAAAGAGUCAUGGAGCGAAGAGGAGGACAAAGUACUGAUUGAAGUUCACAAGAUAGUCGGGAACAAAUGGGCUGAAAUCGCAAAGAGCUUGCCUGGUCGCACCGAGAACUCUAUCAAGAACCACUGGAACGCCACUAAGCGCAGCCUGAACGCCAAGAAGAGGCCGAAUAGGCGGAAUAGUUUGAAGGGAACACUACUUCAGAAAUACAUAUGCCAAGUCACUGCCGUUGAGGAAGCUGAAAAGGAUCUGAUGAUGAAGAAUCCCAUGAACAUGAUGAAUAUUGAGAAUCAACAAAAUUUCGAAAGUUCAGAGAGUGAUUACAUUUCUGAAGGUUUGGCUACUCCAGAGGAUGAAAUUGAACACUAUGUUCCAAUGAUGUUCAAUGGUACUGCUGAUUAUGGAAUGGCAAGUGGUUCUGGUUCUGGUUCUGGCACUGCAAUGAAUUAUGAUUUUGGAUCAUAUGGAAUGGCAAGUGGUUCUGGGACUGCAAUGAAUUAUGAGUUUUAUCCUGAGGUUCCUAUGAAGCAGGAACUUGAUCUCAUGGAGAUGAUCUACAGAAACAACCCUUGA